CGGGCCGCCGCCGCCCGCCGGGAGCCACGAGCCGAGCCGGAGCCGCCUGACGGACCGCCGCGGCCGCGCCCGCAGGCCACCUGGGUGUCAGCAUGGCGGCCACGAACCUGGAGAACCAGCUGCACAGCGCGCAGAAGAACCUGCUGUUCCUGCAGCGGGAGCACGCCAGCACGCUCAAGGGGCUGCACGCCGAGAUCCGGCGCCUGCAGCAGCACUGCACAGAUUUGACAUACGAGCUGACGGUCAAAAGUUCUGAACAGACAGGAGACGGGUCUGCCCGGAGCAGUGAGCUGAAGAGGAGAUGUGAGGAGCUGGAGGCGCAGCUGAGAGCCAAGGAGGACGAGAACCAGGAGCUGCUGCGCGAGCUGGAGCAGAGGAAUGCCGCCAUCGCCGUGCUGGAGCACACGGUGCGCGAGCGCGAGCGCAAGUACCUGGAGGAGCUCAAGGGCCGCAGCCACAAGCUGAGCAUGCUGUCCAGCGAGCUGGAGCAGCGGGCCGGCACCAUCGCCUACCUGACCUCGCAGCUGCACGCCGCCAGGAAGAAGCUGCUCAGCUCCGGCGGCACCUCGGACGCCAGCCCCGCGGGCAGCCCCGUGCUGGCCGGCUACAAGCCCGCGCCGCCCAAGGACAAGCUGCCCGAGACGCCGCGCCGCCGCAUGAAGAAGAGCCUGUCGGCGCCCCUGCACCCCGAGUUCGAGGAGGUCUACAGGUUCGGGGCCGAGAGCCGUAAGCUGCUCCUGCGGGAGCCCGUGGACGCCAUGCCGGACCCCACGCCGUUUCUGCUGGCCCGGGAGUCGGCUGAGGUCCACCUGAUCAAGGAGCGGCCGCUCGUCAUCCCCCCCAUCGCCUCCGACCGCGGCGCGAGCGAGCAGCACAGCCCGGCCCGCGAGAAGCCGCACAAGGCCCACGUCGGGGUGGCGCACCGCAUCCACCACGCCAGCCCGCCGCAGGCCCAGGCCGAGCUGGAGACGCUGGCGGUGGACCAGGUGAACGCGGGCAAAGUGGUGCGCAAGCACUCAGGGACGGACAGAACUGUGUGACGCCGGGGCCCGGGGUCCACGCACUGUGACCACGACCAGGAAAUCAUCCGCUCCUCGUGUCUCCUGCCCACGCAUGCCUGUCACUGCCCCCCCGCGACAUCCCUGCUGCAGAACGCGUGACCAGACGCCCGCAGGCUGCAUCGCUCGCUUCUGGUCCCACUCCGUGCGGCCCGAGCUCGCUCGCGGACCAGGCCCAGGCCAAGUACCACCGACGUCCGUGACACCUGACAGCCACGCACCUCUACAGGGUGAGAGCAACACGUGCCAGCCUUGGCCCUGCCCCCCGUGCCCUCCUGACAGCCCCCUCCGCGGGGCGGCAGCCGUCACCCAGCAGCCGUGUGUCACAGGCCCAAGAUGACUCCUCCUGUCACCACCCCAGUGUGUGUGCAUAUUUUUUGUUAGUGUUAUCCAAAAUGUUCAAGAUCCCAACAAACUUUAUUUUCUCAACCCGCCUUCAUUCUGUCCUGUGUCU